AUGUGUGUGUGUGGCUACGGCGGCAGCCACGCGGAGAUGUUCGCGUGCAUGGGCGCGUGGUGCUGCUACGCGGGCGAGUGCGGCGUGGCGCUGCACACCAUGGAGGGGCUGCUCGCCUCCGCGCUGCCCUUCCUCGUGCCGCACGACGCCCCGGAACCGCCGCUGCUGUGUCACGCGGCAGCGCAUCUGUUGUUGAGUUUGUCCAAGAACGUGAAGUUUGCGAACGACCCCAUGGUGAUGCUCGGGGAACUGUACAACCACGCGCAACGCUCCUUGCAGUACUUAGAGCCUAAGACAGCAGGCGUGGUCCGCGAAGCGCUCAUAUCAUUGGCGUUGUCUCGCAGCCCGGCGGGGGCGGGGGGCGCGGCGGGCGGCGGGCACGAGGCGGCGCGCGCGCUCUUGGCGGCGUGGGCGGCGGCGCUGCCCAGCGCGGGGCCAGCGGUCGCGCUGCCGCCGCUCACUGCGCUACUGCACGCCUUCGCUGCCGCACCCACUGCAGCUAAGAAGAUAAUAGCGGAGGGCGUGUCGUCGGCGGCGGAGAGCGCGCUGCGCAUGCUGUGCGAGCCCGCGUGCGCCGGCGCGGAGGCGCACAUCACGGACUUCUUCCUCGCGCUGUUCACGGCGCUGUUGUCGCAGCUCGGCACCUUCGCCUACACCGCCAUAGACGUCUUCCUCGAGGUGGCGCAGAGGGACACGGGCGACGCGUCGGGCAGCCUGGAGCGGCUGGUGGCGUGCGUGCGGCUGGGCGUGGAGGCGGGCGGCGGCGGCGUGCGCGUGCGCGCCGUGUUGCAGCUGCUGCACGCGCACGUGCUGCCGCGCGCCGCGCACGCGCCCGCGCUCGCGCGCGCCGCGCACGACCUGCUCGCCAGCGUGUUGAUCCACCGCUGGCGCUACUUCUUCCCGGGCGCGUGCGAGGGCGGUGCGGGCGGCGAGGGCGCGCUGCGCGAGGGCGAGCUGCGCGGCGCGCUGGCGGCGCUGGGCGGCGCGCUGCUCGCGCACGACAUCGAUUUGCUGCGCACCACGCUCGCCACCAUCGACACGCUCAACACCAAGUGGAAGCUCUACCAUAAGGCGAUAUUCCGCAGCGAGUUUAUGGGUGAGUUCCUGUCGGUGCUGCUGUCGGGGCUGGCGGAGGGCGGCGCGCGCGCGCUGCUGCGCGACGAGGCGCUGGCGGCGCUACACGCCAUGGCCUCGGUCGACUUCCCCGCAUUCCGCCACGCCUUCCUGCCGCACUACCUCGCCUCGCUAGCCCUCGACCCACACCAUGUACAGCUACUGGCCGACUUCCCGCCAGAUACGGAUUUACCAACAUUUACGCAAAAUAUCCUACGGCUGAUGAAUGAUGUCAACUGUUACCGUGCAUAUCAGUCUCUCACAAGCAAUGAAAUGGGGCCC